AAUGACAACUUGGGAGUUCUGGGGAUGUAGUUUCCUGGCCUUUGGGCCUCCAUUUGCAAUGUUUGUCUUCACCGUUGCUCAUGACUCUGUCCGAAUCAUUAUCAUGAUCUUGAGCUGUUUCUUCUGGUUGGUGGCUUUGCUAUUGUCUGGGCUACUUUGGUUUGCUGUGGUUCCCUUACGAGAAGAGCUUGCCUUUGGUCUCAUCUUCUCAGUGGUUUUCCAAGAGGUAUCAAGAGGUUUGCUCUAUUUACUUCUUGUAAAAGCAGAGAAAGGUCUGGAAAACAUUGGUAGUGGACCUCCCCUCCUCAGUAGUGAACAACGUCACAUACUUGCAUAUGUGUGCGGAUUUGGGUUUGGAGUUAUGAGCGGCUUGUUUGCCCUGGUGAAUGUCCUCAGAGACAUGACAGGUCCAGGCACUGUUGGCCUGUUUGGAGACUCCAAUUACUUCUUCCUUGUAUCCACAUUUUUAAGUCUUUGCUUUGUACUCCUUCAUACUGCUUGGGGAGUCAUCUUCUUUGAUGGCCUCUUCAUGAAGAAGUACUGGCAGCCUUCACUUGUAAUUGUGGCUCAUCUCAUCUCCUCAUCU